UUUAAAGUCGCGUGAAGUUUUAUUUCUUUCUUUCCCAACUUUUAAUUGAAAACUCGGGUGGUCCCUGGUGCCGCUGUUGGUUCCUCCUCGGACCAUGAUGUCGCAGGGCCCCCAGAGGACACGCCGAGGCGGCGGGGUGGUGGCCCCAGCCGGUGGCACCUGCUCGCCCACCCCGCCAGGCGCGGGUGGCCCGAGCCGGCCGCAGCCCCUGCGAGCCACUGUGCCCUUCCAGCUGAAGCACGGAUCGCCGACCCGCGGCACCGCGCACCCCUCCUCGACGACGCCGGCUGCGUCGUCGUCGUCCACCGCCUCCUCCUCCUCGCCCGCAGCUUCGGCUCCGUCCCCGGCUCAGCCCCAGCAGCCUCCUCCUCCGUCCCCCGCACUGUCUCCGGCUGCCUCCGUGGCGGCGGCGGCUGCGGCGGCUGCGUCGUCGCCGACCCCCCCGUCAGGGUCGGCUUCCUUGGCGUGGGGGGCCGCCGAGCAUGGGCGGCUGAGGCCCCGGCGUUCGCCAGAGCACAGGGACUCCCCCGAGAGGCGCAGUCCCAGCUCCCCCGUGUGUAAAGUUGAAAAGAACAAGUUUCAGCAUGCGCCUUCGCACAUUCGACGUACAUCCUCACUGGACACCAUCACGGGUCCCUACCUCACAGGACAGUGGCCACGUGAGCUGCCUGGAAGGGGCUCUCCUUGCAUGCGCGACAAGUCCACACAGACUCCAAGUUCUUGGACGAAAGAUUCUUCUGAGAAGAAAAAAGGCUCGCACAAACGUUCUGCAUCUUGGGGAACCUCAGACCAAUUAAAAGAGAUUGCUAAGCUCCGACAGCAUCUCCAAAGAAGCAAAAAGAGCAGCAAGCACCAGCGAGACAAGGAGAGGCAUUCACCCCUGCAUGGAAAUCAUGCAGCCAUCCACCCAGCACAGGUAUCUAUUUCAAGGGCCAUUCCAAUCCCAGUGACGAGCAUUGCCUACGCCCGCACUUCUCUGCCACGGAUGAAGAACAGUGUAGAAGGAGUCAACCAGGAGAUUGAGCGCAUGUUCAUCAGUGAAGACAGAGAUAAAGACGGCGUUCUCAGGCCGUGCGAAAGCGAAGAUGGGCGUCGCGCCCCCGUGCCGAGCCAGCAGCGCAGCGUGGACACGCAGACGCCCUCAGGGCCGCAGUGCAGCCGCGAGAGCAGCAGCAGCAGCGGCACGAGCAGCACGAGUAGUAGCAGCAGCGAGAGCCGCUCACACUCCGUGUCUCCAAAUGUUUCCGUGGCCGCCGCCGCUGCCGCCGAUAACAAUAACUACAGCCCCUGCUGCACCGACGAGCUGCUGGCGCAGUGCAAAGAAAAAGAAAAUGGUGACAGCUCUCCACUCCCUAAAUACGCCACAUCGCCCAAACCCAACAACAGCUACAUGUUUAAACGGGAGCCACCCGAGGGCUGCGAGAAAGUCAAAGUCUUUGAAGAAAUUUUACCCAAACAACUUGGUGAGAUUCCAACGUUUUACGGCCCAGACAAAAACAAGGUGAACUUCAUACCGAAGAGGAGCUCUGCAUUUUGCCCCGUCAGCAUUAUGAAACCACUGCUCUUCACCCCAGAACUGGCCAUAAAAGGUUUCCCUGGUUUGGGACCCAUGCCUAUCACGGGGGGCUCAGCCACAAUGGUGGUGGUGGCCCAUGCCGCGUCCCAGGCCAUGCUGACGACGGCACAGCUUCUGGAGGAGGGCGGCUUCAGCAGCAUCAACAGCAACCUCAAUGCAAAUGGGCUAAACAGCAGGGUGGUAAGCCCUGCCAGCCAAACGACGACGAUGCCACAGCAGCAGCAACAGCAGUGUGGCUCCUCACUCGCCGUCCCAGGAACCACGCUUGUCUGACCGCGGAGCUGGCCUCCGCACACGCACCUUAGCAGCCGUGUUGGCGCACACACACACACACCCACACACACACACACUCCCCUUAUAGGCAUUACUUGUAACUUGUCUCAGAGCUCUCGGCCACUGCAAACAUGCACAAAAUAAUAAACUUUCUUAACUGGAAAAUGUAUAACAUAGGCUGCCGCGCAGUAUGGUAAAUGCCGUGUAAUUUUUUUUUUUGCUAAGCAAUUGCACAAAAUGUGUCCUUUCAGUUCCAUUGUAAACCAAUAUACUGGUUUUUCUUUGUGUCUCAUUGCGUUUUGGGUUAAAAGGUUGAGAUUAACUUUUCACAGUUGGUAUGGUUUUCCAAGAAAGAACUACCCAAAGUUGCAUGUGAAUAGGUCAAACAAUGUAAUGUUGUGAAAGUAUGUGUUUUACCUAACGUAAUGCAGUCUCAGUAAUUUCUUCAGACCCUUGGCUGAGCCCAACUGGCGAUAUACUAAUUGUUGUAACUCAGGUAACUUUCACUGAAAGCGUGUUUGCAGUGGGUAUUAAGGACAGAGCAAUAAAGCAAGCUAAAAAAAUGUUAAGAAAAGAGUAGUUGAAGUUGAAUUAGUAACUGGUGAUGAGGAAAUGCUGCAGGAUGAACAGUCAGGUGUUCCCACGUUGCCUUUCAUUAAUACAUUUGUUUUAUAAGAUUCUCCCAGUGAGGACUCCAAUGGAAUUGAUCUACAGUGGCUAAAAAGACUUGGAGGAAGAGAAAUCUACUGUGUGAUGUAUAACAUCAGUCUAGUGAUUCAUGCUUAGACACUGGUAUUAUAAUGCUAUUUCCUGCCAUUGUGUUAUUGCGUGUUAAAAAAAAAUGUGUGUUUUAGUAUUAAACUGUUUAGUGGUUUCCAAAUGUACAACAUUCCAUGUUAAAGGAUAAAAAACAUUCCUUGUUGGUUGUUUGCAAAAAAAGAAAGAAAAAUACAAAAAAAAUUCACAAAACCCCAGUUUUUAAAGACCUUUACUCUACAAAACGUUCCUUGUAUAAUCAUCCAGAUCUUUACAAAAUGCUCUUUCUAUAUGCGUUUGAAUGCUGUUUGUUGUAUUUUUCUGAAAUGAAAUAUCUAUUUUAUAACGUUAUGAAAUCAUUCCUUGCUUCAUACACACGUAUUGCAGGCCACAGCUUUAGUAUUUGUUCUGUUUCCGUCAUGGUUCUGUGCCUGUUAAAUGUGUUAGGUUUUGUUCCUCUUCCCCUGUUCCAUUUUUUUUCAUUUAUCAGUUUACUUUAUCAGAGCAUGCUCUUUCCGAUUGCUUAGGGCUGUAUUUAUGGAUUUUAUUUAUGGCAGGUAGUUCAAGUAAAACCAACUUGAUGUAUCCUGAAAAGGCAUUUCAUGACAUGUGGGUGAUGAUUAUAUGGAACCCUUUGAACGUUGCAAACUGGUUAUGGAUUUGAAAGUAAACAAUAAAAGUGUUAUGAAAUGUU